AUGGCGCAGGAUGUUGGGAAUGACGCACUGCCCAUUUUACACGCAUCUAUUCGAGCAAACCUUCACCUCGAGAGUUCACUCGCUAAGGAGCGUCUCGCGAAAGCCCUCAACCUCGUUGAAAAGAGAUAUCACCACGCGUUUGCCGUCAAGGCGCUUCAGCUUGAAAUUCUAAGCAGGGAGGGGCACUCGAAUGGCAAUGAGUAUCUUCAAAUACUACGAGAUAUGCUUGAUAUACUGAAUCCCAACAAGGCAGAGUUGAACACAGCAUUGUUCUUUCUCCAGAAAGCUCGAGACCACCAGACCAGUUUCUAUGUGCAAGGAUUGCAGCAGAUUUUGGUCGCAAAGCUUGCUAAUUCCGAUCAGCAAGAGUGGACUGAGCGGAUCUUCAUUCUCUUGGUCUGGACGCUGACAAAUAGUCGUCUCCAUACGCAGAACAAUAGCAGUGUUCUGUGUGAUACGAUGAAAAGGAUGACCAAGUGUGGUCGAGGUCUCUUGAGCGAGGACGCAACAAAUGCUUGUCUGAUUCUCAUAUGGAAAUAUGUCGAUGUUGUAUCAUCUGAAGGCAAUCCUCGCAUUGCAGAACACUGGUGCUCCUUCGUACUAGAAGAAACGAUGUUUCAAAUUUCAUCGAAAAAUAGAGAGAUGUUUCUUAGAAGAUACAUAGCUUUUGCAUCGGACAAUUCAAAUGUGCGCGCGGCGUACAAGCUGUUUGGUAAUAUGCCAAAUGAGUAUAGGAAAUGUCCUUCAGCGCUAUACUUGAUAUACAAAGCGGCGUUAAGUGACAGAGACUUCAGCCAGGGUAGGAAGCGGAUAUUCUCCGUACAUACCGUGUCUAACUAUGCCAAGGGCACUCUUAUCUCGAUUCGCUCUGUCAGCUGGGCGCAACUGGUAGAACAUACCUCUUGCCAUGUGCAGCAGAAGCCCUCCGAUCUGGGCAAACACUGUUGGCAGCUGAAUGUCUCCAGCUGUCUGGUCUCAGCACAAUUAGGGAAAAUGGGAAAGGUGAAAGAGAAUGAUGAGCUUCUCGCUCAGGUCAUACGUGUGCUCGAAGCAGCACACAAAAGUGGACAAAAUACCGUGUUUUCGGCCAUUGAACUGGAGUGGCUUUCGCAAAGGAGCUACAACAUCGCUGUUCAGGCACGCUUGUGCGAUUCCAGGCUAGUGGUACAACUACUGGACCUCUCGAUACAGUUCACAGACUUGCAGAGGAAGAUCACAACCUGCGAGAAGCAGUCCAGUCUUUGGCAACACUAUCUGCACUGCGAUAUCAUCAAGGCUUUUAGAGCCAUCGCAGAGGCUCGCAAGGAGACGGAGCCCAGUUUGAAGGCUUAUGCCCACAAAUUUGCCCAGCACUGCCGAACUUAUAUUCAAAACCGACCACAACCCGAGAAUACGACCGACCAAAACAAUGAAUGGCUCCAAAAAUAUCGAAGGAUCUUGUCAAUUGACCUAGAAUGCGCUUUAUUCUUUAACCAAUGGGACUAUGUGUCUUCCAUUAUUGAGGAGUCGAAGAGCAUAAUCGACGGUGAACUCGGUUCGAUAUUUCUUGAUUAUGUCCUCCGUUGCGGAGCUUCGGUAACAUAUAUCGUCAAGGUUGUUGAGAAAAUAGUACUUGUCCUCCGCACCACCACGUCCCCGUACCUAGAGGCUGCAACAGCCCGGGCCUUUCUUCCCCGCUACAUCCAUACCUUCUUUCAACUGUCCUUGGACGCGUCAGAAUACUGUCUCGCUGAGUCGGCCCUUGAUCUAGCUUUAGCUUCAGCUUGUGACCUUUGCGGCACAACCUUGCGCUAUCCAAGCGAUGAGAUUCAGUGGAUGGCGACGGUGGCAUUUAAUCGAGCGGUGGAUCUCUAUUUACUUUCUGAAAGUGGCGAAUGCCAGCGGUGGGCAGAGAAGGCCAUCAAACUAGCCGAUCUGGGUGAAGAGGACUGUGCGAUGCUGGGGAAGCUAUUGAGAGAGAAACUUCAGAAAUUGUCCUAG